AUGAAGAUGAAGAAUUCCACCAUUGCUGAUGCAUUAGAGUUAGUCGCAGCAGUAAAACUUGAAUUUCAUGAUAAGAAUAGAGAAAAAUACGAAUCUUUUUUACAAAUUUUGAGUGAUUACAAAGCUCAAAGAAUUGAUACAAGGGUUGUUAGAUUAAAAGUGUAUCAAUUGCUGAGAGGCCAUAAAGAUUUAAUUUUGAGAUUCAACACCUUUGUGCCAACUCAAUAUGAAAUCAAACUUCCAUUAGAUCGUUACGAUAAACAGCAACAAUGUCGUCGAUUAGAGGUAGAAGAUGCAUUAGCUUUUAUCAAGAGAGUAAGAGAUGUGUUUCAAAAUAAGAAAAAGUAUGAUGAGUUUUUAGAAAUUCUGAAGGAUUUCAAGGCUCAGAGAAUUGACACAAGUGUUGUUGUGGAGAGAGUGAAGGAGUUAUUUAAAAGGCAUACAAAUUUAAUUUUGGAAUUCAAUGCCUUCUUGCCAAAGAAUUAUCGAAUCACACGUCCACUUCAGCUUCACACUGGGAAAAAAAUGAAGAAGGUUGCAGAGAACUGUGAAAUUCCUUGGGACCUGCUUGAUAUCAUCUCCAGGAAACUAGACUUUGACGACCUCUUUGGAUUCGCUGGUGUCUGCAAGAGUUGGAGGGAAUUUCAUAAAAUUUAUUGGAGAAAUUUCAUGGCAUCCCAAGAACCAUUACUUCUUCAAAAGUCUUCCCAUGAUAAAAAAUCUUUUUCCUUCAUCAGCAUACAUGACCAAAGAGUUUAUCACUCAAAGACAAUCGAUUGUUUCUGGAACUUGGCCUAUUCUGGGUCUUCUAGCGGAUAUUUGAUCAUGACAACCGAGAAUAAUUCAUUUAUACUAAUGAAUCCAUUUACAAGAAAAAAGAUGGAAAUCAAUACAACAGCCUUUAAAGUCGAGUUUUCUGUCUUUGCUUACCAUGUCUUACUUGCUUUUGGUAAAGGCUUGGAGGAAUUUGUCUUAGUGGCUUUAUGUAGAAGUUCUAACAGUUUACAUGUCUAUCAAUCUCGAAACUCUGAUUGGAUUACUUAUUCGACAAGGGGAAAACCAUGGAAGGUUGUUGACUUUGUUGUUUUGCAUAAUACUAUAUAUGCUGUAACCGACAAGGCGAGGAUAGGUGUACUCAGCUUGAAUUCUGCAGAUAUAAAUUUUUUGAAAUUGAAGAGUACUCCCAAGGUAACUUCUUCCUCACACCUAAGAUUGGUUAGUUGUGACAGAAAACUUCUAAUGAUUCAUAUUUUGCCUCGGAGAAUAUUGAAUGUGUACGAGAUAGACUUGUCAAUCAAGAAUUUCGUCGAGAUGAAAACUCUGGGCGACAUUGCAUUAUUUUAUGCUUCUGGGAAAUACUUCUAUGCGUUGAGCAACCCGGAAAAAUGGGGCUACGAAAGCAAUUCUUUGCAUGCCAUCAAUCUUUCAUCUACACAAUGCAUAAUGUCUAUAGGGAAUGAUAACAAAUUGCCAGAAUACAUUAGCCAUGAUAGACUAAGUAAUCCUCCUAAAGGAAGACCCUACUUGUUGGAUUGGUGUUUUAAACAUCUACACUAUGAAGUGGAUUAUUCUCUUGUUGAGUAA